AUGAAGACGAAGAACUCCGGCGCCGGAUUCUGUGUCCCCCGUGUUAAAACCAGUUCAAGAACCAUCGGUGAUGGGGAGAUUAGUGUCACUCUACUCGACCGUUUUCGCGAAGCCCUUCUCCGCCUCAUCAUGAUCUCUGCUGUGUCCAAGUCCACGUCUCGCCGCCGUAACAAACAGCCGCAGACUAGUAACGUCCGGCAGCAAAAGUACUACAACACCGCAGAUAGUUAUCACAGCGAAGCAGUGGCCGACUGUAUCGAGUUUAUCAGAACAAACAAAGCCAUCGACGUGGAAAACGGCCGAUGA